UUAUUUCUUUCUUUGAUUUUAUUAUAUAUAGAUUAUAAAUAGAUGUAUAAUAUAAUUUUCAUUUUCUUCUGGUGGUCCAUUUAGUUUGUUUGUCCUCUUCACCAGUACCUAAUUCUUCUCUCUUUCUUUUGUUUAUCAUCUUCACAACUUUGGUUUUCUUUUAGUAACAGAUCCCAUUUUGGUUUUUUAUAGAAAAAUAUUUUUAUACUCCAUUGUUUUCUACAUUUUAAAAUCAAAUUUUUAAGCAAAAGCAAGAAGAAAAGAUAGUGGGGUUUGUUGAAGGAAGCUUCAGAUCUUGUUAAAUUUUGAAGGUUUUCUGGGUUUUUGGCUUAGAAGAUAAUCAAGCAAAAAAAAAAAAGAAAGAAAAGGAAAACACCCUUCGAUUUUAAUUUUCUUGAAUUUUUCAAUCAUGAGCUUUUCUUUGACUUGCUAAAGUUUCCUUCUGUGUUUAUUGUCAUAAAAAGCUGUUUUUUUUAAGAAAAAAAGUGUGUUGAAAGAACAAUGUUGGCAGGAAGUCCUUCUAGUGUCCGUACAGCCACUACUUGUAAUACUUUACUUAAAGAACUUCAGCAAAUAUGGAUGGAUAUAGGUGAAAAUGAUGCAGAGAAAGACAGACUGUUAAUGGAGUUGGAAAGAGAGUGUUUAGAAGUGUAUAGAAGAAAGGUUGAUGAGGCUGCAGCCACCAAAGCGCGCCUACACCAAUCGGUUGCUGCCAAAGAAGCUGAACUCGCCACCCUUAUUGCCUCUCUGGGUGAUCUUAACACUCAUUUUCCGCUAAACAUGGAAAACAAAUCGUCAUCAUUAAAAGCUCAGCUUGCAAUAGUCACUCCAUUGGUAGAAGAUUUGAAAGUAAAGAAAGAGGAGAGAAUCAAACAAUUUGCAGAUAUAAAGAGUCAAAUCGAAAAAAUCAACGGUGAAAUUUUGGGUUAUAGUCAAUUUGUUGACUCAGUUGGUUUGUUGACUUUGGAAGAACAAGAUUUGUCUCUCAGAAAACUAGGAGAAUAUCAAUCUCAUCUUCGUACUCUGCAAAAGGAAAAGUCGGAGCGGCUACAUAAAGUUUUAGAACAUGUGAACGAGGUGCAUUCCAUGUGUAGUGUUCUCGGGUUGGAUUUUGGCAAAACUAUUAGUGAUGUGCAUCCAAGCUUGGAGGGUACAAGCCUAGAACAAGCGACAAAUAUAAGCGAUGGUACACUGGAAGGUCUUGCAAACGCGAUUCUUAAGUUGAAAACAGAGAAGAGAGUGCGGUUACAGAAGUUGAAAGAUAUUGCUGCAUUGUUAUCUGAACUUUGGCAAAUAAUGGACACCACAAGGGAGGAAAAGAGUUACUUCUCAAGAAUUACAUCGGUUACUAGAUUACCAGAAUCAGAAAUUGUGGAACCAACGGCUCUUUCAUUAGAGAUUAUUCAGCAGGCUUCACAAGAAGUUGAGAGGCUGAGUAAACUGAAAGCAGGUCGAAUGAAAGAAUUAGUAAUGAAGAGGAGGUCUGAGUUGGAAGACAUAUGUUUCAAGACUCAUAUUGAGCCUGAUCCUAGCACAGCUAUUGAUAAAUCUAAUGCGAUGAUAGAUUCUGGUCUAUUGGACCCCAGUGAACUUUUGAGUAACAUUGAAGCACAAAUCAUUAAAGUAAAGGCUGAAGCUUUGAGCCGAAAGGAAAUCAUGGAUAGGAUAGAACGGUGGCUCGCUGCAUGUGAGGAGGAAAAUUGGCUUGAAGAUUAUAACCUUGAUCAAAAUCGGUAUAGUGCUGGAAGAGGAGUCCAUUUAAGUUUAAAACGGGCUGAACGAGCUCGAAUCACUGUUACCAAGAUUCCAGCAAUCGUUGAUAAUCUAAUAUGCAAAACAAUUUCGUGGGAAGAUGACAAAAAGAAGUCAUUUCUUUACGAUGGGGCACGCUUGGUGACAAUCUUGGAGGAAUAUAAACUUACGAGAAUGCAGAAAGAAGAGGAAAAGAAGCGAUUCAGGGACCAAAAGAAGCUUCAGGACUUGCUACUUAAAGAAAGAGAAUCCAUUUAUGGCUCAAAGCCUAGUCCAAGGAGAUCCAGCAGUUUUAGGAUGGCAGGUAAUGGGUAUUGUGCAAAUGGAAAUGGGUCAAUGACCCCGACACCCCGAAGGAGCUCAGGUAGAACCCCAUCAAUGGAGCCCAUGACUCCCCGGUCAUACUCUAGUCGUCAAAACGGGUAUUCCAAGGAAAUGAGAAGGUUAACCACUGGGCCACUCAACUUUGUGACUAUACCGAAAGAAGAUACAAUAUCAUUUUCUUCUGUAUAUGGUUCUGAGCCUGGGUCUCCCCUCCAGAGCUAGAUAUUUGAACAUUAACCGCAGUAAAUGAAGCUUUUGUGUGCUGAUUUGGAAUAGAGCAGCAGUAGCACAAAAAAAGGUUGUGAAUAUAUGAAGGGAAGAAGUAAGUUUGUACAAUAGUUUUUAUGAUUGAAUGACAGCGUUGACAGAUUAGCGGCGGCGGCGACAGGGAGUGUGGCGGAUAGAAUUUAUAAACCUUUUGUAAUUUUAUAUGUUGAUUGUUGGGUGAGCUUUAGUUAUUUACCUGUAAUCUAGUAGUGUCAAUGUCUCUGUCUAUACCUUUUGUUUUUCUUGGUGUUUUGGAUUGAUGGCCAGCUCCAGAUUUGAAAUUUUAUGCAGUUAGUACUCAAUAAGUUUUCACUCGGUUAAAUCAAGAGAAUUAAUGA